AUGAACAACAAUAGAGAAGACCACGACGAUGCUCCAAAAGAAAAGCAAGCGCAAAUCGUCCAGACAGAUCAACCCACGACCUUAACACAAGACGACCAAACCGACCGCCCCAGCGCCCUCGCCCUCUCCUUCAUCAUCCUCUCCGUCAACCUCAGCAUCUUCCUCACCUGCCUCGAUCUCACCAUCCUCGCCACCGCCAUCCCCCACAUCACCUCCUCCUUCCACUCCCUCCCCUCCGCCGGCUGGUACGGCAGCGCCUACUUCGCCACCAUCGCCGCCUUCCAAGCCACCUGGGGCAAAUGCUACAAACACUUCGGGCUGAAAGGGACGUUCAUCGCCGCGAUCGCCUUCUUCGAGCUCGGGUCCCUGAUUUGCGGGGUCGCGCCGAAUAGCGCGGCGCUGAUCGUCGGGAGGGCGGUGGCGGGCCUGGGGGGAGAGGGUGUGGGCGCGGGGGCGUUUACGGUUUUGGCGUUUGCGGCGGGGCCGGGGAGGUUGCCUGUGCUUGUCGGGGUUAUGGGUGCGACGUAUGCGGUGGGGAGUGUGCUUGGGCCGUUGUUGGGGGGUGUUUUCACGGAUCAUUCCGCUCGAGAGAAGCUCCUGCAACUUGAUCUUGCGGGAUCAAUGUUGAUCCUAGCCGCUAUGAUCUGCCUGCUGCUGGGCCUUCAAUGGGGCGGCCUGACGAAGUCUUGGAACUCCGCAGAGGUCAUCGGAACACUCGUCGGCUUCGUAGUCAUUCUUCUGGUCUUCACAGCCAACGAGAUCUGGAUGGGCGAGCGCGCAUUGCUUAUCCCACGGCUCCUCCGACAGAAGACCUUCGGGCUGGCGUCGGCGUACAUUCUCUUCAACGGAGCUGGCUUCUACAUUCUGGUCUACUAUCUCCCGUACUAUUUCCAAUCCGUGCAUGGCGUCUCCGCGGCACAGUCAGGGUUUGGGAAUCUUCCCUACAUCAUCAGCACCGCGGUAUGCUCGUUGAUAUCUGGCGCCAUCGUCUCUCUCACUGGCCACUACGUCGGACUUCAAGUCUUCGGGUCUUCCCUAGUCAUGAUCGGCGCCGGCUUGAUCUACACUCUCGACCUUCACAGCCCGAGUGGGAAGUGGAUCGGAUACCAGAUCCUCGCGGGCUCAGGGGCGGGCCUAUCCACUCAGAUCCCCAUCAUCGUCGGCCAGACGACCGCGAAGAGCGAGGACGUUGCGAGUGUCACUGCGGUUAUUCUGUUUUUCCAAACCAUCACAGGAGCUGUCUUCGUCUCUACGGCGCAGUCUAUCUUCGUCAAUGGUCUCAUCGAAGCGGUAAAGCACAACGCACCAGACGUCAUUCCCCAAUCCGUUGUGGCGGUCGGUGCUGCUGAGCUGAACGAAGUAUUUACUCCUGACCAGCUUCCUGGGAUCUUGAGGAGCUACAUGACAGGUCUCAAGGACGCCAAUCUGUUCGCCAUCACCUUAGCUGGAGUCGCUGUGAUCUUGGCCGUGGUGACCGCCGUGUGGGAUCCGCGGAAUUUGAAAGAAGAAAGAGAAAAGAAAAAUGCCGAAAAUGGUGAUGCAACACCCAUGCCGGGUGUAAGUGCAUUGUGA